AUGAAAGAGCUAGGCAAAGAAAAGGAUCAUAAACUGAUGAUUUUCGGGGUCGCCAACUCUAUCUCCAUGUCAUUUGCGUGAGUCAAGAUUUUUAUUCGUUUUACCACCGAAAAAAAAUUGCAGAUUUCCUUCUGUUACCUCCUACACAUGUGAAUUUAACAAUAACACCCCGAAAGGUAAUUUUCUCUUUUUUUUUAAAGAAAUUGAAAUAUUUCUGGCCGUCUCAGUGCCGGGUGAGUAAUUGUCUUAUUUAAAGCUCGCAGCGAAACAGUUUUUUUGGUUCAAAGGCUCACGCCAGCCGGUCAGAUUACGGUAGUCAGGAUAAGUUUUUCGGUAAUAAAAUGAAAGCGAAUGUACUUUUUGUGACGUACCUUAUCUUGUAACCUCAAGAAGUAGGUCUUUAACAAGUUGCGAAAAGGAAAAAACAUCAAAAAAAUUUCCUGGCUCCGAAACUGACGGCGCAAUAUUGACCGGCCCCGUAACACUGUCUUAAACAUGCGUGGGCUCGAGCCGAAACUCAACAGAAUCUCACAGCGUUAUGGACGGCUUCGUUUUUUCGACAAAUGUCCCGUAUAGCUUUUCUUUCAAACGUUUUUUUUGCCAGUAGGCGGAGCCAACCAAUGAUGCUCUGCAAAUCUACCUAGUGUCCCUGCGUUUCUACUCGUGUUGUCGAACGAGAAAAACCGUUAUCCCAAGCACGUCUAAUUAGCGUUUAGCGUGGCCUAAAGUUGUUCGAAAAGCCAAAAUCUUCAUAACGUGGUCAUCCAAGAAUUUUUCAUUUUUUUUUUUAUUCGAAAGGUCAAAAAAUCUAGGCAAAGGAAAUCGAAAAGGCUUGACCAUGUUUUAAAUGCAUAUUAUCUCAGAUCUACAGAACCGAAGGCAUGCGAUAGCCAGUUUCAUUCAAAAAACGUUGCUUGAAUUGGAAGAUCAUAAAUGUCAAGUUUGUUUGGUGAGGAACUCGUUUUUUCGAACCAAUUGCCAUUUUUUCUAGUACACUUUCGGAAGAACUCAAGAAUCUUCGGUUUCGGGAAGCUACCCAUACGAUAUGUUGGCAUUCAAUGAGUGGUUUUUUUUGACUUAGAUUUUAAAAUCACCUUUGAUCUACAUUUCGAUUCAGCCUCACACAGUUAGAGUCAACUUCUAACCUUGUUGCUACCUCUGCCGUUAGUGUGGUUUCUACCAAAGUUUGUUGAUAACCGUAAAUAAUUUUACAGACGAAAUUGUUUCAUUAGAAAAGCGUUGGUCGCACUUAUACCUUAGCGCGUUGCGGUUGCGACACAGCUCUUUCUGAAGCCUUUUUUUUAGAUUUCAUUCUCCGAUAGUUCUUCGGGAAUGUUCUUUUCGUUGAUAUUGAAAUUUAAGUUCAAUGAAUAAAAUUAUGAAGAACCGAAUUUUUAAUAACUUAUCAGGCCUUAAUCGUAAAAAGGUACUCCAAUAAAUCUGCGUCAAGGCGGAAAUUUUCUGCCUAACCUCACUUAACAAUCGAAAGAAAGAUAAAAGUGUAGAGGCUUGUAUUUCACUAUGAUGUCAUAAUGAUAUUUUCUGUUCCUGUAUUGUGUGAGCUUCAAUCACAGCUCAUCGGAUAAAAAACUCUUUUCUUUUUUUUAUUACCUUUUAUUUUACAGAUUUUGGCGACUCUGAAUGAGCAUAAGGGUGCGGCAUCUCGUAUCAUUUUGUUCUUGGAUCUAGAGACCUUUGUUUCUACGGUAAGAAAGCACAAGAACACUUUCGAAUCAACAAAUACUAAUUCUCUUUUUCAGUUGAAAGUUUUUGUUUUAAAUUGCCACUUUUGAGAGCCAUGAUUACUUCGAAAAAUUUGCUGAAACGGCUGAAAUAUGCGUCUACUUAUUUGGCGACGUUACUCAGUUUUACGAGUACAAGGAAGAGCUGCGUAAAUUUAAACCUUCAACAAAUUUCCGUUUGAAACUUGUGUAAUAUACUGAGCACAUUCAAUGAAAAUUUCAAAAAUUGCAGGGCAGAACCUUCCGACUUGAUUUUUAUUGCUUCCCCUUUCAAAAAAGUCUUGCCUCCUCCUUGCAUUUUUUCCAAGAAAGCCCAGCUUUACUUCGGAAAUUUACAAUGUGCUGUUGAGGUCAGAAAGGAGUUUGUUUCCUUUUUCUAGAAGAUAUUUGAAUUUUAGUUAGUCAGCGAUGUAGCCACUAUACCGUACGAGAACAUUUCUGUUGUGGGAACAAUUGAAGCCGAUGAAAUGGGGUUGAGAUAUCUCAAUGCGCCUGCCGAAAAUGUUGUCUUCCUUUAUGGUGUCAAAGGUUGUUUUUUCAUUGAAUUUUAUGAAAAUUUGAAUCAUGGAAAUCACAGAAGCUUUUUGUCGAGUUUGUUUCUAUUUCAAUUUUUUCUCAGAUUGCAUCUUGACUUAACAAACUGUUCGCGUAUAAGUCUCUGAUCCUAAAUACCUAAGUAAUACUUGAAAUUUCUUGUCUGAAUUUUGACUCCAUACUUGUCUAUGUCACUUAAAGGCGUAUUGAAUUGAAAAAAUAGACAAUAGGCUGUAAAAAAUCGAGUUUGAGAUAAAUGUGCCAUUUUUAUAGCUCUUUGUUCGGUGUCGAACGGUGCACUUGAAAACGUAAAGAUCUUCCUAAUUCUUUAUGGAAAUUCAAAGUCAAAGAGGUAAAAAGUUUGAAUAAUCUAAACAACUUUCUAUACAUCGACUACAAGUAUAUAACAAAAUUAAAAGGAAAGAAAUUAAAAUCGCGUUUCUCUUCAAAAUCACUCAUAUCUGUGAUUUUUCGAGUGGACCGUUCGAAACGCAAUACAAAAGCCCUAUAAAAUACUGAUUUCACAUCUAACCCCAUUUUUUACUUCUCAUAUGCCUAUCAAUACACAAAAAGAUCUCUGUACAGGUCAAAGAUAAGACUUUUUAUUCAGGCAGAGAGAAUUCCAAAUCAAAGGAUGUGACAAUUGUUUCGGAGGAAUUUUUGACAACUUUCGCAACUGCACUGUAUGAUGAAAACGCUAUGGCGCUUUGCAACUGCCGUACUCGAGAGAAAGCAGAUGCCUUGGCACUUUUGAUGGCUACCAGUCUGACCCAUGAUGGUCUUUUACACGUAUCAUGGCGAGUCAAAGCUCUUUUUGUUCAGGAAAAGUGAAAGGGUUGAUGUUUCUGGUCCCUGCACCGUCUGAAGCUCAUAUGUUGAAUGCGUUUGCUCUCCACAAAGAGACUGAACUCGUAAGUCCGCCUUUUUCGGUUUGAACGAGCAGAGUAAUGGAAUAUGAGGGUCGCCCAGAAGAAUAGAAUCCGAAAACUUUGUUCAACAUAUCUUUUUGGAUUUAUUCUUACAGUUGUUUAUAGGAAGAACUUCAAAAUUGAAAAAUUUUCCACAGAUUUGUCGUUUUCCAAACCGCUCUACACAGGGAACGGAAAUAAAGAAGAAAGCGAACGAGAAAUCGAAAAUGAGCAGAGUUCCUCUUUGCACCAGUGAAAUAGCCCUUGGCUCGGCCGUGACCCAACUUAAGAAGGCGAUUGACCAGCAAGACUGCGCCUCUUUUGAUACGGUAUUUUCUAUGUCAUUUUUAUGAAACUUUAGUGUGAGUUUCUUAUUAUUUGAAUCAGAAUGAGCGUCUUGUUUUUAAAAGAAAAGUUUUUAUAUUUAUUUUGUCUACUCACCCGUCUUAUUAAGGUUAUAGCUUGGAUUGACAAAGAACUGACCGCCGCUGGCAGAGAUAUGAGCGAAAUUAUCAACUAUAUCCAGGAUAUCGAAACGGAGGGCGACAUCAAGGUUGGUGGAUAUUUAUGGGAAAAUAAAUGGUGGCUCUUUGAAGAAACAAAUCGACAAAUGGAUCAAAGAGAUGUCAAGCCGAUUAAAAUGA